AUGGGGAAACACAAAUCCUUCAGAAGCAAAGCAGUUCACUUCGUCACCGAUCUCACCGCCGGUCUUCUUAAUCCCAUCUCUGAUAAACCCUCUUCCGCUCGUCCUCUUCCGGAUGAGGAAGACGAGUCAAAGAGAAAUCAACUAGAGUCUGGUACUGAAGAGCAGCCUAAGGGUUUGGUAGACGAACCAGACACUUCUUCUUUCUCUGCAUUCCUUGGUUCUCUGUUAUCCUCCUCAGAUCCCAAAGACAAAAAAACUGAUCAGGACCAGGACGACGACGACGAAGAAGAAGAAGAAGAAGAAGAAGAAGAAGAAGAAGAAGAAGAAGAAGAAGAAGAAGAAGAAGAAGAAGAAGAUUCAGAGGCAGGAACAAGUGAUACAUCAUCAUCGUCAGUGAAUGCUAGAACAAUGAAGGAAACUACUACUACUGUUGGUGGCGCAAAGAAGAGCUUGUUGUCUAAGUAUAAACAGCAUUUGAGGAAUUUUUACCAGGCGGUCAAGUUUCCUGGGGCCAAGGAGCGAAAGGGAACUUCUGAUGUGAAGCCAGAUGAUGAAGAGACUGAAUAUGAUGGCUUGGAGUUGAAGCCGAUUCAGAAUAAUACUGUUAAAGAGGAAGCAACAUCAACAGUAAAAGCAAUUAUACCUGAGAUUUCAGAGCCCUCUUUACUUUUAUCGGACCAGUCAAGACGGUCCCUUUAUACCUCACUUCCUGCGCUUGUUCAAGGGAGGAAAUGGAUAUUGCUUUAUAGUACAUGGAGGCACGGUAUAUCACUAUCAACGCUCUACAGGAAAAGCCUCCUCUGGCCUGGUCUCAGUUUACUGGUCGUUGGAGACAGAAAAGGUUCGGUUUUUGGUGGUCUUGUCGAGGCACCUUUGAUACCAACUGAUAAGAAGUAUCAGGGAACCAACAGUACAUUUGUUUUCAGUGAUAAGUCUGGACAACCCACAAUAUACCGUCCCACAGGCGCAAAUCGGUUCUACACUUUAUGCUCCAAAGACUUUCUAGCUCUCGGCGGUGGUGGACGGUUUGCUCUCUAUCUAGACAGUGAGCUGCUAAGUGGAUCAAGUGCUUACUCGGAGACAUACGGGAACUCUUGUCUUGCAAACACUCAGGACUUUGAUGUGAAGGAAGUGGAGCUAUGGGGAUUUGUGUAUGGCUCAAAGUAUGAUGAGAUUCUAGCUCUCAGCAAAUCAGUGGAGCCUGGUAUCUGCAACGAGGACUUUAAGGGGAGAAGGAAAAACCCUUUCCUUCAUUUUAACCUAUCUGAGAAGAAAACUCCGAUUCAAAUCUGGAUUUGUGGAGAAAUGGGGAGUAGAUUGGGAGGACGAGUGGUUCAUUUCGCGAAUCUUCCGAUAAAGCUUCUGAUGCCCACGAAGCUCACGAACAUCCACGAGUUCGCGCUGAAAACGAUCCCUUCUGCGACCAAGAUCGAGAUCAAGCGAGUCCUCGAGUCUCUCUACGGAUUCGAGGUCGAAAAGGUGAACACACUAAACAUGGAUGGGAAGAAGAAGAAGCGUGGAGGGUUGUUGAUUGCGAAGGCGGACUACAAGAAGGCUUACGUCACGCUCAAAAACCCUUUGUCGAUUUCGAGGGAUUUGUUCCCGGUGAAGUUUAUCGAGGAGGAUAGGAAGAGCAAAGUGAAGGGAUCUAGCUUCGUGGAGGAGGAAGAUGAUAAGAAGAGUCACUGGCUUGAUCAGAAGGAGAAGAGGGAAAUCGGCGGUUAUGGUAAAGGUAAAGUUCGCCGCGGCGGUGAAUGGUCGAAUUCGCCGGCGAGAGCUGCUGCUGCUGCUUCGGGGGCGAAGUUUCCAUGGAGCAACAUGAGAUUUGGUGGCAAGUAA